AUGCCAAAUCCGACGGGCCCAGCUGAUGGACAGCUACCUAUCUGCGGGAUCUCGCAGAAGUGCAUGACUAAGAAGCCACAGGGUGAGGCGUCCUGUAGUACCGGCGAUCUCGACUGCAUCUGCAAAGCCAGCAGCUCGCUCGAAAACAAUACCGAGUUCGACCAGCAAUGCGUGCUUGAUGCCUGUUAUGGAGACAUCGGAAGGGAAGAAUUCCUCGACAGCCUCUUCUAUCACUGCAAGAAGGUUAACAAGGAACUUGUGGAUAUUCCCAAACGCUGGGAACCGUACCUCCCAGUUACCUUCCCUUCUGCAACGCCUGCCGCAGCCCCACCUGUCGACCCCAAAGAACCUGCCUCUGCCUCCCGCAAGCUGAGCGGUGGAGCCAUCGGAGGUAUCGUCGCCGCAGCCGCUCUCAUCCUUCUCAUCGUCCUCGGUCUAGUAAAACUUUGGUGGGACACCAAGAAGAAGGCCAACACGCUCCGUAAGGACAACGCCAAGUUGCAAGACGCCACAAAUCCAGAAGGCAUGUCGAUGAGGAUCAAUACCUUGAUCAGCGACUCAUCGGUACCUGAGUUUGCAUCUCGUCGGGACAUUAUCAGUGCAAAUCGUGGCCCAGAAGUUUCAAUGUGCGACGCGUCGACUUAUAACGACGCUACACUUAUCGGUUCCCCACGAAGCACGGCUGUACACCCCGUUCUCGGCAACAGCGUCGCAAACCGCGAGUAUAAAGAGUACGGGGCAAACACCGAGGACUACGCCAUGUCGGAGUACGACGACAAGUACACUGGACACGGACGGCAGUAUAGCAGGCAGUAUAGCAGCUAUGAACUUGCCAACAACGAGCUUCGGGAUAGACAACCUGGACAGGACUCGCGCAAUUCUGACGACGACUCAAUGAGCCGCUACAGUGGUCGAGCACAUAGCUACGGCGAUGAUACGGUGGACUUGCAACAGCGGCGAGAGCAAGAGGCAAGGAGCGAAUGGGGUAUGGCGCAGCAGCGUGAGUGGAGAGAAGAGCGGGAGCAAGAUCAGAUUCGGAGGAGUGUACGCUGA